AUGAAAUUUCUUUUCGUUUUUAUUAUAUUUUUCAUUUAUUUCACCAGAAAUGGUAUUUAUUCUGAUGAAAAUAACGAAUGGGUUAAAAUUAUUGAUGAUAAGUUACCUUUGUCAAAUGUCAUGUCCAAUCAACAAAAUAUUCAUAGGGUAACUUUAAGAAAACAUAGAAUUAUGCCAAAAGAUAUUUUAACUUUUUUGAAAUUUACUGAUUAUUUAAAACUUUAUAAUAAGAGUUACUCUUCACAAUAUGAAAUGAAAAAACGUUUUCGCAUUUAUAAAAAAAAUCUUCAAGCCAUUGAUUUUUGGAAUUUCAAUGAACAGGGAACUGCUGUUUAUGGGGAAACUGAAUUUAUGGAUUUAACACCAAAUGAAUUUAAAGAUAUUAUGGUACCAUAUGUAUGGGAUACAUCUAUAAAACCACCAAAUGUAGCAGAUGUUUCACAAUAUAAAAAUGAUAAUAUACCAGAAGCUUUUGAUUGGAGAGAGCAUAAUGCAGUUACAGAAGUUAAAAAUCAAAUGAAUUGUGGAAGUUGUUGGGCUUUCUCGGUAACUGGAAAUAUUGAAGGUGCUUGGGCAAUUAAAAAAGGAAAAUUAAUUUCAUUAUCUGAACAAGAGUUAUUAGAUUGUGAUGUUAUUGAUCAAGCAUGUAAUGGUGGACUUCCUUCACAAGCUUAUAAAGAAAUAAUUCGUAUUGGAGGAUUAGAGAGUGAGGCAAAAUAUCCUUAUCAUCAUACUAAAGAUACUUGUGCAUGGGAUUCAUCUAUGAAAGCUGUUUAUAUUAAUGAUUCUAUUACCAUACCACCAAAUGAAGAUGAAAUGAAAAUUUGGCUUUUUAAGAAUGGUCCAAUAUCUGUUGGUGUUAAUGCUAAUCCAUUGCAAUUUUACAGACAUGGUAUAUCUCAUCCAUGGAAAAUGUUUUGUAGCCCAUUAUUCCUUAAUCAUGGUGUACUUAUUGUAGGUUAUGGUGAAGAAAAAAAUAAACCAUUUUGGAUUAUAAAAAAUAGUUGGGGAACAAAAUUCGGUGAAUCUGGUUAUUAUAGACUUUUUAGAGGUGCUAAUGUCUGUGGAGUAAGAGAAAUGGCCACCAGUGCCAUAGUAUAUUAG